UUGAUGGUAGCCACAACUAGAGUAGACCAAAUGGCAACUCCACGCCUAUAUAAAACGCCCCGUGGAUUCAGUGGGUCUCCUCUGCCGAAAAGACCAAAUGGAUCGGGGCCAUUGAGUCCAUGGGUCUGCUCCAGUGGGAGUCACUCCUUAUGGCCCCACACACUCAACUUCGUUGGAUCUGCUCGCUCCACCCACUCUUCAGUCUUCCAGCGAGCCCUUAUGAGCCAAGGAGACGCCCGGAGAGACGCCUGCAUGAAGGCUGAGCUGUUGAAGGACCUCACCAGCAGCCAGGGGGAAGGAUUUAAUGCUAUGGCCACAGAUGAGAGUGCCAUAGAGAAGCAACUUGGGGAAACCAAGAUGGCCCCCGAUGGCGAAACCAACGGCUCUUGUGAAUGCAGCGAAGCCAAGACCCACCCAAAUGCAGCUAAGAACACUCAGGACCACACAAAAGCGACCCAAGGGGACUCAACAACGGCCAAGUGGGGCCGGAUAGCAGAGAAUGGCCUUUCCGAGAGAGACAGUGACGCUGGGAGACAGAACCACACCCAAAUGAAUGACUUCACACAGACUUCUGUCACGGGAAGCAACGGCUACGUUUUGCCUAAACCGAUGGCUCAGGAGUUGCCCGCAAGGACUACCAGCGGGACGUUUGCUUCCCUCGCCGGCCACGCGGCCAAAACCUUCCCUGCUGCGGGAGCAGGAGCAGGAGGCAAGGGGAGGAUGCUGAGCGCCUUUUCCCAGGCGCAGGCCGGUUCUACGCCGCCCAAACUUGGGGAGGGUGGCAGAGACGGCGAGGUGAAAAAGCCUUUGUCGGCGCACAGCAACGUGAAGAUCCACAGAGCGCGGAAGACCAUGCCCAAGUCCCCAGCCAGCUUGCAUUCGAGUAAAGAGUCCAAAGAUGCCAAGGCGCCCGUGGAAGACGACAACAGAGAUGUGUCCGAGUUCGGGAAGACCCCCUCUUUGCCCCCCAUCCCUGGCCUUCAUUCGUCUCUACCUCAAAACCAGAGCUACGUGGCUGCCUCAAAAUCACAGACAGCUGCUUCCGUCUCUCGCAAGAAGAAACGAAGAAUGGGGACGUACAGCCUGGUUCCCAAGAAGAAGUCCAAAGUUUUGAAGCAGCGGACGGUGCUCGAGAUGUUCAGCAGCAUGGCUCACUCGACAUCGGGCAGCAAGAUGGCCGACGGAGAAUCCGAAGAAGAGCAGGACUCAGGGGAAUCCGGAGAGGAAGAGGAAGAUGGUGACGAGUCUGACUUGAGCUCCGAAUCCAGCCUCAAGAAGAAGAUCCUGAAACGGAAAGGGAAAGCGGAGAGCCCGUGGCUGAAGCCCACCCGGAAGAGGAGGCGGAGGAGUAAAAAGAAACCCGCCGGCGCCCUCGGUUCGGAAGCCCCCUACAAGCCCCCUUUGGAGAGCCAAGGAGGAGCUGGGCGGGAGAACAGCAUGGAGUACCUGGAGGUCCCCCUGGAUUCCUUAGAUCUCCGGGUGAAGGGAAUCCUCUCUUCACCAUCAGAAGGUCUUUCCAACGGCCCCAGAGCCACGGAGGCGGACAGCCUUCAGGAGGUGCCCCUCUGCAGCUGUCGGAUGGAAACCCCCAAAAGCCGGGAGAUCACCACGUUAGCCAACAACCAGUGCAUGGCCACGGAGAGCGUGGACAAAGAGCUCAGCCGAUGCACCAACCGUGUCCUGAAGUACGAGCUGAUGCGCCCCUCAAACAAAGUCCAGCUUGUGGUGCUGUGUGAAGACCACCGAGGGAGGAUGGUGAAGCAUCAGUGCUGCCCGGGCUGCGGCUUCUUUUGCACGGCGGGGACGUUCAUGGAGUGCCAGCCAGAAAGCAGCAUCUCCCACAGGUUCCACCAGGACUGUGCCUCCCAGGUCAAAGGCCUGAGCUACUGCCCGCACUGUGGGGAGGAGGCCUCCAAGGCCAGAGAAGUGACCGUCGCCAAGGCCGACACCACCUCCACCCUCUCGCUGACCUACGAGCCGAAGAAGCUGGGCGCCUCGGAGGGGAGGGCGGACACGACCACGGGAAGCGGGACGGGAGCCCAGGCGUCCGAAGAGGGAAGAUCCGAGAGUUCUUCUGCCGAGGGUUUCGACUUGGCCGGGACGUUGGCCUUCUCCAAAGCAGCCCCAGCCGGCGUCUCCCAGGGACCGGUGAAAGAAACCCUAGAAAGCGCUUUGAUUGCCCUGGACUCGGAAAAACCCAAGAAAUUACGGUUCCACUCCAAGCAGUUGUACUUCUCCGCCAGGCAAGGGGAACUGCAGAAGGUUCUUCUUAUGCUGGUGGACGGGAUUGAUCCCAACUUCAAGAUGGAACACCAGAACAAGAGGACCCCUCUUCACGCUGCAGCGGAGUCGGGACACGUGGACAUCUGCCACAUGCUGAUUCAGGCCGGUGCUAACAUCGAUACCUGCUCUCAGGACCAGAGGACCCCCCUUAUGGAAGCUGCGGAGAAUAACCACCUGGAGACAGUGAAAUACCUCAUCAAGGCGGGGGCCUUGGUCGACCCCAAGGAUGCAGAGGGUUCCACGUGCUUGCACCUGGCAGCCAAGAAAGGUCAUUACGACGUGGUGCAGUAUCUCCUGUCCAACGAACAAACGGAUGUCAACUGCCAGGACGACGGAGGCUGGACGCCGAUGAUCUGGGCUACCGAGUACAAGCACGUAGAGCUGGUGAAGCUGCUGCUGGCCAAGGGGUCGGACAUCAACAUCCGGGACAACGAGGAGAACAUUUGCUUACACUGGGCCGCCUUCUCGGGGUGCGUGGACAUCGCCGAGAUUUUGCUGGCAGCCAAGUGUGACCUGCAUGCGGUGAACAUCCACGGAGAUUCGCCUUUGCACAUCGCAGCCCGAGAGAACCGCUACGAAUGUGUGGUCCUCUUCCUCUCCCGCGGCUCAGAUGUCGCCCUGAAAAACAAGGAAGGGGAGACCCCCCUCCAGUGCUCCAGCCUCAACUCGCAAGUUUGGGUCGCGCUGCAGAUGAACAAGACCCUCAAGGAAUCAUCUCCCGAGAAACCCGUGCCGCUGGAGAAGGUCCUGAGCAGAGACAUCGCCCGGGGUUACGAGCGGAUCCCGAUCCCGUGCGUCAAUUCCGUGGACGGCGAGCCUUGUCCCGGCAACUACAAGUACAUUUCCCAGAACUGCGUGACGUCGCCAAUGCAUAUUGACCGAAACAUCACUCAUCUGCAGUACUGCGUGUGCAUCGACGACUGCUCCUCCAGUAAAUGCAUGUGCGGACAGCUCAGUAUGCGGUGCUGGUACGACAAGGAUGGACGGCUCUUGCCGGAGUUCAACACAGUGGAGCCCCCGUUGAUCUUUGAGUGUAACCACGCCUGCUCCUGUUGGAGGACUUGCCGGAACCGCGUGGUGCAAAACGGCCUCCGGGUUCGGUUGCAGCUUUUUCGGACGCAGACCAUGGGCUGGGGCGUGCGGACGAUGCAGGACAUUCCGUUGGGGACCUUCGUGUGCGAGUAUGUCGGAGAGCUGAUUUCGGAUGCCGAGGCCAACGUACGGGAAGAAGAUUGUUACCUUUUCGACCUUGGCAACAAGGACAGGGACGUCUACUGCAUCGAUGCCCGUUUCUAUGGCAACAUCAGCCGCUUCAUCAACCAUUUCUGCGAGCCGAACCUCAUCGCCGUGCGAGUCUUCAUGUCCCACCAGGACCUCCGCUUCCCCAGAAUUGCUUUCUUCAGUAGCAGGAACAUCCAGACGGGAGAAGAGAUCGGGUUUGAUUACGGUGAGCGGUUCUGGAGCAUCAAGGGCAAGUACUUCAGCUGCCUCUGUGGGUCCCCGAAGUGCAGGCACUCCAGCGCCGCCCUGACCCGCCGGCUGGCAAGCCCGGCCUCCUCCCAGGAGGCCCCAGAGAACAGACUUCCCGAC